UCUCUCUCUCCUCGUAUUCUUCGUCUCUCUCCUCCUCUUCUAAAGCGAAACCCUCGUCCCCUUCUCCGCCACCAAAUCGAAAAAUGGACCCUAAAUCCAACAAUUAGGGUUCUCGAUCCUCUUGAUCAAACCUAGCUCCCUAUCUCCAAAAUUUCGUCUCUGAUUCCCCUUGGAACGACGCCUCUCGAAACCCUGAAUGAACACCCGGGGCCCCUCGUCAUCCUCGACUCCGCCGCCUCCCUCGGCGCUCCUUGCGCCCGGGUUCCGGUUCCACCCCACGGAUGAGGAGCUCGUGAGCUACUACCUUAGGAGGAAGAUCCUGGGGCGGCCCCUCCGCGUCGACGCGAUCGCCGAGGUCGACCUGUACAAGUGCGAGCCAUGGGACCUGCCCACGAGGUCGCGGAUCCGGAGCCGCGACGUGGAGUGGUACUUCUUCAGCCCCCUUGAUCGCAAGCACGCGAACAAGGCGCGCACGAACCGGGCCACGCCGCAGGGGUAUUGGAAGACCACCGGGAAGGACCGCGAGGUUCGCCGUGGAUCCCGCGUCGUCGGCAUGAAGAAAACCCUAGUUUUCCACGCAGGUCGAGCGCCGCGCGGCGAGAGAACUAAUUGGGUUAUGCAUGAGUACCGCAUCGAGGGCGAGGAGCUCGCUCAAGCAGGGAUUUCUCAGGAUUCGUACGUCGUAUGCAGGAUCUUUCAGAAGAGCGGGUCAGGCCCACAGAAUGGGGCUCAGUAUGGGGCACCAUUUGUUGAGGAGGAGUGGGACGAAGAGGUAGAUGGUCUUCCUCUUAUGGUGGAAAAUGGUGGUGAAGAUGAGUUUAAUGAUGCUGGGGAGAAUGAAUUCCUUCAGAUGAAUGACUUUGCAGAGAACCAGAAGCUGGACAGUCAACACGAGAUUACUCCUCUCUCAGCCCCUGGUCUUAAUGUACUGGAUAAUACUGAACACCCUGAAGAUCCUGAGAUUUCAUUGGACGAGAUUUUGAAAGACUCGAGCUUCAUUAAUGACAUUACUGCGUAUUUUGAUGAACCUAGAGAUACAAGCGGCCCAGCACUCAAUAGCCAAUUGGAAGGGAAUGCUGCUAACACACAUUGGUCCCAUAGUCCUUCUAGCCAGAAUAAUGGUUACGUUGAAUUAAACGAUUUUAGUGAUUAUGGAAAUAUGGACUACUUUGCAAGUGAUGACUCGGUUGCCUGGCCUUUACGGUCAGACAUCAAUAAUCAGAAGCCUGUGAGCGGAGAAGAUGGCAGAAGCGAUUUGCAAGAACCAUUCAAUGUUGAGGAGUUCUUUGACACCACUGACGGCAUUUCUUAUCAGAAUAACUACUCUCUGCAGCCAAGUGUUAUGCUGAAUAAUCCGCCUCUGGCUAGUGAGAGUUAUUCUCGUGAACCGACUGACUACAACACCAUGUUUUACGAUACACCUAGUGACAAUCUAGCAAUGGAAAAGAAUGACUUAUUCCAACUGAAUGAACUUCCUAAUUCACCCACUGCUGGUUCAUCUGGGAUUGAUAUGCUAGAGGAUCUAGCAGCAUUCUUUGAUGCGGCAGAUGAUAAUUGGAAUCUUGAUAUCCUGGAUUUUGUACAAAAGCCGGAAUAUGUUGUUGGUCCUCAUGUUGCAGAAGGUUCUAGCAUGACUCAAGAGGUCGAAGGUGAUGAUGGUACUAAUAGUGAUUCAAAGCCAAAGGCUCUACAAUCAUAUGUUAUACCCGGCGUUCCUAUGCUACCGCAGGCUGAUAAAUUGACCAGAGAAAAUAAGGAUCUUAAUGUUGCUUCAGAUAUUCAAAAGAACGAAUUAAGUAAUAAAUCUAUUGGAAAACGUCUCGCGAGCAUGUUGGGCUCAAUCCCAGCACCCCCCGCGUUUGCUGAGGAAUUCCCUACUGCACCAGGGAAGUCUAUUGGACCUAUCUCCGUGGACCACUCAGCUAGCUCCGUUCAUAUCUCUGCUGGCGUAAUCGAAGUGAACGAAUUAACAUUGGCCCGCGCCGCAGAGAACUGGUCGCUGGAGAAGAGCGAAGAUGGUUGUUUCCUCCUCUCCUGCUUCAUGUCUUGUUCCACAUCUAGAAAAUCAUUAUGCUUUGAUCCAAGAACAAAGAUGCACAGUGGCGCCAUAUGGACGGUGCUCCGUGGUGGCUUCUGCUUUUUCCUUCUCUCGGCCGUGAUUCUCUCGGUCAGCUGUGCUGUAGGAAUGUGCAUGUAUAAUAAGCCAGGUGAGCUUUAAAUCUAUAAUAAUAGGGUGACUUGGAAACCUAUGUGUAGCUUACUACAUCUGCAUCAUUUGAACUCUGUAAUGAAUGGUGCUACCGUAUUUUCUAGUAGCAUUUUGCAACUAGGGCCAGGAGUUUAUGGGCUUACCUCUGUCCUAUUUUGAGAAAUUUGGCUAUUUUGGAUUGAAACUUAAUGGAAAUUAUUAUAUGCCAAGAGAUGUGGUACAGAAUUAUCUUAUGCUGUUCAUAUUUUUCGAA